AUGUCGGCCACCUUUCAUCCCAUGCGUAGCCUCAUAUACGUGAGUUGCGAAAAUGAGGACUACCGCCACAAGGUGCUGCAUUGGUUGUACAAGACUCACAUCCCGGAGAGCAUUGCUCAAUUCGAGCCGUACGUCACGAAGUACUCCUUCUACAACGCGCUGCCAGUUCCCAAAGACGGUGAACGCUUCGGGACCUGCAACCUGCAGUUGACUGAGCACUACUUCCUUAUUCAUGCUGGCGAGGCAGCCAAGCAAAUCAAGGCCCUGGGUGAGACCAUGACGCCGGAUAUCCUCAAGGGCCUUGGCGUGAUUCCUGGGGAACUCGACGUUAGCACGCUCACUGCGGACGACAUGCGGGCGUUCUUCACUCAGAACCUCAAAAGCCCGUUCACGCAGGCCUUCGUGCCGGUGUGGUGGGAGAGCGACCUCAAGGGAGCGGGCCGCACCAUCGAACACGGUGCCAACUACCGCUGGCAGUUCCUUAUCAAGUACCCCGACUGCACCGAUGUAGAAGAGGCCGAUACCUGGUUCACUGGCAAAGCCCUGCCGGCCUUCGUGUCGAUGCCGGAGACCACCCGCGUCCUGACCAGCAAACUCCUCCGCGAUGUGAACAACAGCCCGUACCAUCGCGUCGUCGAGAUUUGGUUCGACAGCCCCAGCGACUGGCGGAGAGCUGCCAUCGAACAGACCGCCAAACUCCUAACGAGGCCUUCUUGGGCGCAGACCGAUGUCUUUCCGUAUGUCCACCCGAAUGAGGGGAUCCUGGGCAUCUUUCUCAGCGAUUUCCCCACCACGGACAACCUCUCUCAAUAUCGCGGAUACCUCACCAUGCGUUGA